AAUCAUCUGAUAAUGCACAUUCGUUUAGGGUGAUGACGCUGAUCAAGAAGAUUCUUCGUUUGUUGCAAAACAGUCAGAUACCACGGAGUAUUCUUCGUCGCUGCCGUAUUUGAAGGACGACGUUUGCGACUCAAAGGACCGUUCUUUGACUUCUCAAACACUGGAAGAGUCGAACUCGGAAAUCAGCCUUGGUAACCAGACACCAGCAACUUCUAAAAUUCUGCUUACCAGAAAUAAGCUUCCGGCAAUCAAGAGGAUCAGCAGGCCCCCACCGUUACGACAGCAACAGAUAGACAAAAAUGAGACAGGGGAGUCGGUCGGGGCUGAGUCUUCUUCGUCAUAUUCUAAGCCUUCGGUUGUGGUCGUCUCCGAACGGACCGGCGCGCGCCCAAACGACGUGGCGUAUCCGGUAACACCGCCAGUUAAAAAGCCCACCAUUGUGAGACCCGUCUCGUCAGUGGCGACUGCAGCUGAACCGUUGACCUUAAGCGACCUGAAAAAGAAACGUUCCGAGGUGCGCAGCACGAAAUCGUUGUGCCGCGAAGACAGCAGCGGGGGUCAGAAGUUGAACUCGCCGACAGUGAUCGCGAGCCGCCCUUCGACCGUGACGAAUAACAACGCGCUGGAGACCAAGGCCAAGAAACAGUCCAGUUUAAAGUGUUGCACCAUUAGCUGA